UCAACAGUUCACCAAGGAAACAGACACCAAAACGACCCAUGGAAUUCUCCAGAAGCCAGUACCGGUCAACGCCGAGCCACCUUCAGAGGGCAUGAGACCAGCCUCCGAAGACCAGCCUCCUGGUGGGCCCCCCUCAGCUCCCCUGGUCAGCCUGGGCCCCUCAAACUCUUCCCAGAUACCAGAGAGUGUUGAAAACCCCGAGGCCUCCCGAGGACCAGCGCCCGGCAGCCCUGAGUGCACCCAGGAGGAGCACGUCCAUCCUUGGCCCUCAGAGGAGAGCAUGCCCUUCGGCCCCGCGGCUCCAGAACAGCCCCCCAGGGUGGUGUCCCAGGACGCGGCAGAGGACCCACUCAGCACUACGGAAGGAGACUUGGAGGGGAUCCCUGGUCCCCCGACUGGGCCCACCUCGCCCUCUGGUGCCCACCCUGGAGAAAAACCCCUCAAGGGCCUGCCUGGGGCGGCCCCAGCGGGCUCCGUGGACGCCAUCGGCCGCGAGGACACGGUCCUGACUGGCCCCAGAGAGGCUGCAGGGGCCACACACCCCGGUGCUCAGGGGGAGGAGGCCUGUGGCCAGUCCGCUGGCUCUCUGAGGAGUGGCCCCAUCCGGCUGGAGUUCGACUUCUCUGACGCCACCAGCAAAAGGUCGCCCCCACUGCGGAAACGAGGGAAGGUCCUGGGUCUCAAGCCCCCCUCAAGGAGACCAGAGGCGAGGCCCGGAAAGGCCCCCCUGGAGGCGGGCAAGGGUUGCGAGCUCGCUCUCCAUGAGUCCGACGGCCCGAGCAGGGACGAGCCAGACGACCCAGACUGUAACCUGGCCGCAGACAGUGGAGAGGCCCGGCCCCCAGAGCACCUGCAGAGCAGCCGGGCCGCAGAGGCCUUGUCUCUGAGCCGGCAGGCGUGCUCAGAUGACACACCCGGGACGAGGACGCCAGAAGCAGCGGGCGAGGGGGGGACCACAGGCUCUUCAGGGGGGUCGGCGCCCCUCAGCAGCCCAAGCAGCAAGCCACAGACUGCACACCCACCCCCCACCGAGAGCAAGCCGGAGCCCACCCUGGACCUGAGUGGGGAGCAGUUCCGGGACCCCGCGGAAGUCCUAGGCGCAGGGGCCGAGGUGGACUACCUGGAGCAGUUUGGGGCAUCCUCGUUUAAAGAGUCAGCCCUGAGGAAGCAGUCUCUGUACCUUAACUUCGACCCGCUCCUGCAGGACAGUCCCCGGAGGCUGGCACCCAGCAGCAGUGGCGGGCAGCCUGACGGGCCGCAGGGCCCACCUGUCCCGAGCACGGGCCUUCUGACCUCCGAGGAGUGCCCCGGGCUCAUGCAGACGGUGGGCAGCUUCUCUCCCGGUCUCCGUGCUCACAGUGUGGACGCGCCUCCCUCUGGAAGCCCCCUGGAGGCCCAGCUGCUCGACCUGGACUUCCCAGGAGCCCCUGGCGUCCCUAUGCCUGGCCCGCCUCCGUGUGACCUCGGACCCGGGGCUCCACUGCUGCCGUUGGGGCCGAUCGUGGACGUGCUGCAGUACAGCCAGAAGGACCUGGACUUGGCGGUGGAAGCCACGCAGAAGGAGAACGAGGUGCUGCGGGGCAAGUGCGCGGCGCUGCAGGAGAGGCUCCUGGAGAUGGGGAAGAUCAUGGACAGCUUUGAGGGGACUGUCUACCAGGUGAUGGAGGAAUCUCAGAAACAGAAGGAGCUCGCCAAGGCCGAAAUGCAGAAGGUCCUGAAGGAGAGAGCACAGCUGACGGCCGACCUGCACUCCAUGGAGAAGUCGUUCUCCGACCUCUUUAAGCGGUUUGAGAAGCAGAAGGAGGUGAUCGAAGGCUACCGCACGAACGAAGAGUCUCUGAAGAAGUGUGUCGAGGAUUACAUAGAGAGGGUGGAGAAGGAGGCCCAGAAGUACCAGGCGCUGAAGGCCCAGGCGGAGGAGAAGCUCCAGCAGGCAAGCGAGGAGAUCGCCCAGGUGCGCAGCAAGGCCCAGACGGACGCUCUGGCGCUGCAGGCGGUCUUGAGGAAAGAGCAGAUGCGUGUCCACUCCCUGGAGAAGGUGGUGGAGCAGAAGACGAAGGAGAACGAUGAGCUGACCAGGAUCUGUGACGACCUCAUCUCCAAGAUGAAAAGAAUCUGACCCGGCAGCCCUGACCUUGCUGUCUUCCCUGUGUGUGUGUGUGUGUGUCUGUCUAGGUUUUCCUUCUCUAUUGACGUCAAUUCUUUUUUCAAUUUGUUUUUAAACUAGGUUGCUUUGGGAAAAAACUAAUAAAGUUUCUCUUAAAUCUAAG